CCCCCUCCCGCUCUCACCCGGGGCUGCGGGGCUCCGAAGCCAGGAAACCCAAGAGGAAAUGACUGCGCCCGUCUGGGUCCCCGCCCGCCGCGCUCUCCUGGCCACACCCUCGCCCGGACGCUGCUCCUGCUGCCCUGGCCCCUUGCGGCCGCGGCUCGGCUCGCGGUCCCGGCUCUGAUAUGUUGCCCUCCAGUCGCCUGUGUCUCCUCACCAUCAUUGGCCUGAUCAUGCCCAUCAGAGGACAGAGGUUGGUCACCUCCCUUCGUACGGUGGACCCAACUACUGUGAACACUCACGUUCUAACAGAAGAUCCAGAUGCAGCCCACCUAGAAGGCCAUUCUACCCCUCUGACGUCCACCUGGCUUGCUGAUGUCAAGGAAACAGAGACACAGAGCAACCUUGCUGAGACCACACAGCAAGUUGGGCACACAGCUGAGCUGGAGACCAAGACCCAGCAACCGUCUGGAACAGAUGCUUUUUUUCUGGUGACAGAUCCAGGGCCACAGAUCAGUAGCAAGGAAGCCACUCACUCUGCUCGUCUCAAUGAAGGCACCACGGCCCUCUACCACAGAUCAACACCAGACAGACGCGUCAGGAGGAACGACACGCUCAGACAGACUGGUCCAGAUAAGGACCCCUUCUACUACGAUGUGGACACUCUCCGGAAACGAGGGCUGCUGGUGGCAGCUGUGCUCUUCAUCACAGGGAUUGUCAUCCUUACCAGCGGCAAGUGUAGGCAGGUGUCCCGAUGGUGCCGGAAGCCUGGCAGGGCCUACAGCGUGGUCAAUACCAGAAGCCACGACAGGGAAGAUGCAGCUGGAUGCAGCCAUCCCUGAGCGGACAGCCAAGUCCCACCCUCUCCAGCCUGCCUGCCUCUGAGGGCUGCCGGCUCCCUGGCCCUGUUCUGACCAGAAGUAAAGUGCUUUGCCAUCUUU